CUCACAUGCAGUCAUUCAUUUGUCUAUUCUAGAAUAGUGUCAACAUUUGUGCUUAAAAAAUCAAUUUUUGAGUGAAGUAAACAGCAAUUCCAUCAGAAAAAUGGCUCUCCACGUCCCUAAAGCACCAGGCUUCUCGCAAAUGUUAAAAGAUGGUGCAAGGCACUAUUCCGGAUUAGAAGAGGCUGUGAUUAGAAACAUCAACGCCUGCAAAGAGUUUGCACAGUCUGUCAAGUCUGCUUAUGGUCCAAAUGGCAUGAACAAAAUGAUCAUAAAUCAUAUUGAAAAGCAAUUUGUAACCAGUGAUGCUGCCACAAUCAUCAGGGAACUGGAUGUUGAACAUCCUGCUGCCAAACUCAUGAUCUUGGCAAGUCAGAUGCAAGAUGCUGAAGUUGGAGAUGGAACCAACUUUGUCAUUGUAUUGGCUGGUGCUUUGUUAGAAUGCUCUGAGGAACUAAUUAGGUUGGGUGUAACACCCACUGAAAUCGCCGAAGGUUAUGAAAAGGCCCUUGAAAAGUGCCUGGAAAUCCUUCCAUCUUUGGUGGUUACUGAAGUAAAAGACUAUAGAAACAUCCCAGAUGUAGUAAAAGGAAUCCGCACAUCCAUCCAAUCGAAACAAUAUGGCAAUGAGGAUUUCUUGUCUGAACUUGUUGCCAAAGCCUGUGUUUCAAUCCUACCUGAACAAACUACAUUCAAUGUAGACAAUGUUAGGGUGUCAAAGAUUUUGGGUUCUGGCUUGUAUGCCUCUUCUGUAGUGCAAGGUAUGGUGUUCAAACGUCAUGUUGAAGGUGAAGUUACAAAUGCCACCAAAGCCAAAGUUGCUAUCUACAGCUGUGCUGUUGAUAUUAUGCAAACAGAGACCAAAGGCACAGUUUUGAUUAAAACUGCUGAUGAACUUGUCAACUUCAGCAGGGGAGAGGAGAAUCUCCUAGAAUUGCAGAUAAAAGCAAUCGCUGAAACCGGCGCCAAAGUUAUUGUUGCUGGGGCCAAGUUUGGAGACAUGGCUCUUCACUACAUCAACAAAUACAACCUUAUGGCUGUUAGGUUGAACUCCAAAUUUGAUUUAAGAAGACUGGCCAAAACUGUUAGUGCAACAGUUCUUCCAAGGUUGACUCCGCCCACACCUCAAGAAUUGGGCUACUGCGACAUCGUAACUGUUGAAGAAUUGGGCGACACUCCCAUUGUAGUUUUCAAAUUGGAGAGCAAGGAAUCGCGUAUUUCCACCAUUGUAGUUCGUGGCGCUACUGAUAACUACAUGGAUGACAUUGAGAGAGCCAUUGACGAUGGCGUCAACACAUUUAAAUGUUUAUCCAGAGAUGGAAGGUGCGUCCCAGGAGCUGGAGCUACAGAAGCUGAACUGGCAGUGCAGCUCACCAAAUAUGCAGACACUCUGCCUGGUUUGGAACAGUAUGCUGUUAGGAAGUUUGCUACGGCCCUCGAAGGUUUCCCCAAAUCUCUCGCCGACAACAGCGGACACCGAUCCACGGAACUGUUGGCCAAAGUACUUCAGGCACAUCAGGACGGUGAUAAGACAGUGGGUGUCGACAUUGAAAAGCCAAACGAGAUUUGCAACGCGGUAGAAAAGGGUAUUUUGGACUUGUACAACUGCAAAUACUGGGGCUUGAAGUACGCAGUUGGGGCGGCCGCCACUAUUUUGAGAGUGGAUCAAAUCAUCAUGGCCAAGCGGGCAGGUGGUCCCAAGCCGCGUAAUCCUGCGCAGAGUGAUGACGAAUCUUGAUUUAUUUAUAUGCUUUACCAUUUUUUUAAAUUACUAAAAUUUUAUAACCGUUCACUUUAUUUAUAUUGGUGCAAAAUUACGGCAAUUCUUCGAAUGUUAAUGUAGUUGUUGAUAAAGUUUUGAAUCAGUCAAAAUAUGAUCAUUUAACUGGAGAAUUGAGUAAUCAUCACAGUAUUUCAUUGUAUCAUCUUUACAAUUUACUUAAUAAAUAACAUUAACAAUA